GAGAGAGAGAAUAAGGGGUAAAUAACACAGACCCUCACUCUGUAUAACGAAUGUUUGGAGACUUCUUACGGCCAUGAGACCUCCAAAAGACUCACAGAGUUCGGCUGCAUUAAUAAUGGUUAUAUUUUUAGUGAUAAACACCUGCACGAGCCGGACGCUUUACGGAAGCAGAAGAACAGCCGUCUCACCUGAGAGCGGAUUCGGGGCAAAGGAGCGUUUUCAGAUCGUUACACAACACAAUCGACUGCGCAGUCGGGUCGAGCCCAUGGCGGCCAACAUGCAAAAAAUGGAGUGGAGUGACGCGCUGGCUGCUCUCGCUCAGAUGACGGCCGAGUCCUGCUCAGAGAACAGCGCUGUAUCCGAAGCAGACGCCGAACACGUCGGCUGGAACGUCCAUCGAUCGCCUCAUGGCGUAGAAUCUUACUCUGACAUCAUCAACUCAUGGUUCCAGGAAGGAUAUCACUACGUCUAUCAAAACGGACGCUGCAAAAGCAACCACACCUGCAAGCAUUAUACACAGAUGGUGUGGGCUACAUCCAGUCAGGUGGGCUGCUCUUUGCACCUGUGCAGAGAUGGAGUCAAACAAUGGGACAUGUUUGUGUGUGCUUACUUUCCUGGGGGAAACUGGGAGGUGAAUGGCCAAGAGGUGAUGCCCUAUAAAUCAGGAGUGUACUGCUCUCUCUGCACGGCCUCCAUGUCGGGGUGCUUGCGGCUCUGGGACCAUGUCGGAGGCUUGUGUGAGACCCCUCGAAACCCGUGCCGUAUGAGUUGUGGACAGUACGGACAGCUGAACGUGUCUUCGUGCCAGUGUCGGUGUAUGCGUGGAUUCACGGGCCGGUUCUGUCAGGUGCGCUGUAGCGUGCAGUGUGUGCACGGACGCUAUAAGGAGGAGGAGUGCUCCUGUCUCUGUGAUGUUGGUUAUGGAGGAGCGGAGUGUGCAGAGAAGCUGAGUUUCCCUUAUCACAGCUGUGACAUGCAGAUAGACGGUAAAUGUUUCAUGGUGUCCUCUGAAGCUGAGACGUACUACACGGCCAAGCUGCGUUGUCAAGACAGAGGAGGGAUUCUGGCUCAAGUGCGCAAUCAGAAGGUUCAGGAUAUCAUGACCUUUUACCUCGGGCAGCUGGAGAACACCAAUGAGGUCAUGGACACUGACUUUGAGACACGAAACCUCUGGAUAGGUUUAACUUAUAAACCGCUAAAAGACUCGUUCCGUUGGGACACUGGAGAAAUCGCCACCUUUACCAGCUUCGCUUUCGGACAGCCGGACAAUCAGGGCUUUGGGAAUUGUGUCGAGCUGCAAGCGUCCAGCGCCUUCAACUGGAACGACCAGCGCUGCAAAACACGCAACAGAUACAUCUGCCAGUUCGGCCCAGAGCACAUCGCUCUGUGGGAGUUUGGCCGAUGAGAUCCGCGCUUCAUGACUGCUGCAGAAGAUUAUAGAUCCACGGCUGCUGUUCUUCUUCUGCCUGGAUUAUGUGGUUGAAGCUCAGAUGUAGGAAGCCUCUGAUCGAUGCAUCUAGAAAUACAUAAGGAAUAAAACACGUUAGGAAAAUAAUCCACAAUGUGGUCAUGUAACACGGCCUCUGCGUUCACGGCGGAGAUUUAUUUUCCCAUCAUCGUCAUGUCCUGAAGUGUUUUAUUCCUCUUCUACAUCAGCAACAUGCCUGAAAGUACAAUUUUUAUUUAUUAAACGUCAAGUUGUAAGAGAUUUUUUUAUCUGUUAAUAGAUUUGAAUUUUAUUCCCGUGUUACACUUAAAGUUAAAUGGAAGGAAAUUAAUUCUGUGACAACCCGGAUAUGACAUCACGUGCCAAGACAUCACGCUUUUUUGUUCCCACAAAUUGUGGGAUCCGACAUUCUUGUACUGUUGUUGCUAUGGUAACGGAAGCAUCUGCAGUGGAGAAGGUUAUGGGUUCGCUCUAAAUAUUUCAGUUAUUACUUAAUUACUUAAUCUUGAAGCAGUUACUGAAUAAUUGUUCAGUUUUUCAGUCUGUAUCUGUUUUGAAGUAACUGAUAUAAACUCACAACCCUGGAAGCCCCGCCCCCUUCCGCCAAGCUCAAAUAUAUCUCAAUUUCACUUUUUAUCUUGCAGUCGCUUUGUGUGAAGCUAAACAGAGAAAGUUUUGAGAUCAUUCACGUGGAAUAAAAUCUAUCAGUCUGCUUUUACACGACCACCAUGAAGUGUCAAAAAAAAUCAAAACAGUUUACAAAUACAGGGAGAAGAAGCAGGCACUAGAUAUAUUAGAUUAGAUUAGAUUAGAUUAGAUUAGAUUAUUGAGCUUUACUGAGUGUUAAUCUCAUAAACACACCUGAUAACAUGAUAACAGCUUAUUUCAUCAUGUGUCAGUUUUAUCAGCUUCAUUUUGAUGACACAAGGUGGUUAUGACACAUCGUCAGUCUGCUCCUGCUAUGUCAGCGCUAUGUAACGGUUAUAAUGUACCAUAUACUUGCGAUGCUCUCACCAUGGCAACACUAAUAUAACCACAUCCUGUAGACUUCUGAAAUAAAUGACUUAUAAAUAAUGUAAUAAAUGAUAAUAAAUGACCUGAGAUUUUCCCACUCGGGGUGUGACUCUGUAUGGGAUUGAGUGACUUAUAAUUCCUCUGUAGUUUCUAUUUUCUCUACAUGUAGUCUUUCAGAUGGACAAAAGAUAAUCAGACGAUGAUGUUCUUCUGGUACUGUUUCCAUGUGUUAAAGACGUAAAUUUUAAA